CACUCGCACCGUCUAACGCAUUGUUGCAUCCCUGUGCUGACGACACGCUGCUCAUGCUGGCCGUUCCUCGCUUUCCUUUGUUCUCACAUUUUGCUCCUCUUCUCUCAUUUUGCUCCUCUUCUCUCCCUCUCUCUUCUGCGGCCCAGUUUUUUCAACCAUGACCUCGAUUCCGUACAAGCAGGACAUGCCCCCACAGGGCGGCUUUGCAGACGUCCCAUUCCGAAAGCCAAAGGCCGUCCGCGGUCUCUCUGGCGCUGCUCUCUUUGCCAUUGGCACCGUCACCAUGUUUGGCGGUCUCUUCAUUGUCGGCCAGGGCAACAAGACCCGACGAUACUGGCGCGAGGAGCAAGUCAUUGCCCGACGAAACCUCGUCCCCAUGCUGCAGGCCGAGGAGGACCGGCGGUUUGUGCUGGCCAAGCGCGCUGCAGAGGCCAAGGAGGCCGAGCUCAUGAAGAACGUCCGCGGCUGGAAGAUGCACGAAAAGAUCUAUAACACGGACAAGUUUGUCACACCCGUUCCAAUCCCCGAGCUUGGCUUGCGAAAGUAGAGCUCCUUUGUUGUUUUCUCUUCCGUAUUGUUGGUACUCCCUUGUCGCUAAUAGAUGCCUGGCAUUUUUGUUGUUGUUGUUGUUGUUGUCAUCUUUCCUCUUUCUUUUCUUUUUUUUUUUUUUUUUCUGUGAUGAACUACUAUGGUUGCAUGUCGAUGUGGUGUUGAUUGUAGUUGUGUGAAUGAUCAUUUCGUAUUCUCUCU